AAGAAAUGAAUUCGUUGCAGAAAUAUCUCAGAUUAAACAAAUCUAAUAAGUAUAAUUUAACAAACGUGUCUAAAAAGAAAAUAAAUUUUGUUAAAUAAGUAAUAAUCUAAAAUAAAAUAAAUAGGUGUUUAUCUGAAAUGAUCUGUCAAAUGUCUUGCCACAUCCCCAAGUAUUUUUCACAGUAUAUAUAUAUGAAUGCUCGUCAACCAAAAAAAAAAGCAAAAAGAUUUAAAGAGGGUUUUAGUUACUCCUCCUCGAAUUUGACACAAUGAACCAAAUAAUCCGAUCAAGAUCCGUCGCUAGCAAUGCCGUUAGGUCCCUCCGUCAAUCUCCACUAGUCUCCGGCGCCACAGCCACCACUACCCCAGUCCGCCACUUCAGCUCCUCCCCGGGUCAUGCUUUCAACAGAAUCAAUCCGCCGGCGAACUGGGGGAUCCGGAUCGUGCCGGAGAAGAAGGCGUGCGUGAUCGAGCGGUUCGGCAAAUACGCCAAGACUCUGGAGUCGGGGAUCCACUUCCUCGUUCCCGGCGUGGAUCGCAUCGCUUACGUUCAUUCGCUCAAGGAGGAAGCGAUUCCGAUUGGGAAUCAGACUGCGAUCACGAAGGAUAACGUCAGCAUCCAGAUCGAUGGUGUUCUUUACGUCAAGAUUGUGAAUCCACAUCUGGCGUCUUACGGCGUUGAGAAUCCAAUCUACGCUGUUGUUCAAUUGGCUCAGACUACAAUGCGUAGUGAAUUGGGGAAGAUGACUCUUGACAAGACGUUUGAGGAACGUGAUACGCUCAACGAAAAAAUUGUGGAAGCUAUCAAUGUGGCUGCAAAACAUUGGGGUCUUGAGUGCCUUCGUUAUGAGAUAAGGGAUAUCAUGCCUCCUAAUGGAGUUAGGGUUGCUAUGGAAAUGCAAGCUGAAGCUGAACGUAAAAAGAGAGCUCAGAUUCUUGAGUCUGAAGGAGAACGCCAAGCCCAUAUCAACAUAGCUGAUGGUAAGAAAAGUUCUGUAAUCUUGGAAUCAGAAGCUGCCAAGAUGGACCAAGUCAAUCGAGCAUCAGGUGAGGCAGAAGCAAUAAUAGCUAGAGCAAAAGCAACAGCGAGAGGACUGGCCAUGUUAUCUCAAUCCCUCAAGGAAACUGGUGGAGUGGAGGCUGCGGGUUUGAGAGUUGCGGAGCAAUACAUUCAUGCUUUUGGCAACAUUGCGAAGGAGGGUACAACGAUGUUGCUUCCGAGUUCUGCUGAAAAUCCUGCAAACAUGAUCGCUCAAGCUUUGACAAUGUACAAAAGUCUCGUCCCCAAGGGUGGUCUCCAAGAAACUUCAGCAGUGGAACCUCUCCUAAAGAGGAAUAGGAGACGUGUGGUAGAAGAGAACUAGGAACAAUAAUAAUAAUUGUUUUGACCUGAGAACAGCUUUUUAGUAUGAUGAUAUGAGAAACUCUAAUUUCCGAAAGGAGAUUUUGCAUAGGUUUUGGUUUGAUAACAUUGGUUUUUUCUUCUUAUACAUCAUAUCAUUUCAACCGCA